CUUAAUUGGAUCAAUCCUGACAAUAGCAAACGUGUCUGGUUCUGGCAAAGACAUCGGUCAGGGGUACGUAAACUUCAUGAGGAACUCUAUGGACCAAAUCAGAUCGAAGGUGACAGAUGAGCUGUGGAUCCUGCAGCUGUUCGAGCACUGGUACGGUAUCCAGGUGGGGCUCAUUGGUACGUGGCUUGCUGAGAGACCUGCGCUACAUCCACAACAAGUCGCUUGUCUCUCCAUCAUUCUGAAGAAAAUGUACAGCGACUUUGAGCUUCAGGGCGUGAUCGACGACAAGCUUAACUCGAAGGUGUACCAAAGCGUGGCGGCUAGGAUGCACACUGAGGAAGCCACCUGCAGCCUGCUACUCUCGCAGCAAGACGCUAGUGGUGGUGACGACGGUGGGAGUGAGGAGGGCUCGCGGAGUGGGAAGUCCAAACUGGAGUCACUCACGGAGGAUGCGAAGCUUGGCAAUGUUACUGCUGUUGUUGGGAAGGUUGGCAACAUCUUCGGACGUGGUUUCGGAGAACUAUCGACGAAGCUUGGAGGUGGCUCCUGGUUUUUAGCGCGUCACUUUAUACAAUAUGUCGUAAAUGUACGUUUCUUUGCCUAA